CCGUACUUGACAUUUCGUUCGUCGUUUCGUUUGCUUGCUUUAUUUGAUCGCUUCCAUCAAGUCAUUUUUGAUUACUCACUGUAAUUUGUAAUUGUGUUAAAUCUUACUUUCAACUAAAAUAUAAAAGAUGUUCCUUACCCGAUCUGAGUAUGACCGUGGUGUCAACACCUUCAGUCCCGAGGGAAGGCUGUUCCAAGUGGAAUAUGCUAUUGAAGCUAUUAAACUAGGGUCUACGGCGAUAGGAAUUUGCACAUCGGAAGGAGUAGUCUUGGCAGUCGAGAAGCGUAUCACGUCUCCCCUUAUGGAGCCGACGACUAUUGAGAAGAUUGUUGAAGUCGAUCGCCACAUUGCUUGUGCUGUGUCAGGCCUCAUGGCUGAUUCCAGAACACUAGUAGAGCGCGCUCGUGUGGAGUGCCUGAACCACUGGUUCGUGUACAACGAGCGCAUGAGCGUGGAGUCGUGUGCUCAGGCCGUCUCCAACCUUGCCAUCCAGUUCGGAGACAGUGACGAUGACAGUGGCACGGCCAUGUCCAGGCCUUUUGGUGUAGCUGUUAUGUUUGCAGGUAUUGACGAGAAGGGACCCCAACUGUUCCACAUGGACCCCAGCGGCACGUUUGUGCAGUAUGAUGCUAAAGCCAUCGGCUCUGGCAGUGAAGGUGCUCAGCAGAGCUUAAAGGAAGUAUACCACAAGUCAAUGACCCUGAAGGAGGCGAUCAAGACAGCCCUCACCAUCCUCAAGCAAGUGAUGGAGGAGAAGCUCUCCGAGAGUAACGUGGAGGUCGUCACCAUGACGCCCGACGCCAUGUUCCAUAUGUACUCCCGUGAACAGCUGGCCGAGGUCAUUAAGGACAUACCUUAAGUAGAUAGACGGGUGGUGUGGUCGGGCCUUUAUUGUCUAUGGAUUAUACUCUGUUCUUUUCAAUACUUCAGGCCGCAUGGAUUGCAUUCUCGCGAGCGAGUCUAUAGGUACAGAUGUAGUGCGAAAAGCUUUCGUAUUGUUACGGAAACGUACGAACGUGUCAUGCCAUUACAGUCUCAGUACAAGAUGUACUGACAUU